AAGCGUCCAAGGGGCUCGCAGCGCAGAGCUGUCGGAGGCCGGGCAACUAGCCCGCUCCUAGCACGCGAGCAGCGCCGCCGCCGCCGCCCUUUUAAAGGGGAAGGGGCCGGGCCAGCCCCUCCUCGGUACCUGUGGGAGGGGGAGCAGGGCGAGGGCAGGGAAAGUUUGUGGUUGGCUGCGCGGUCGGCCUAAGGAAAGGGACGGCGGCGGCGGCAGCGGGAAAGAGGCGGACGGGUGUCUCCCGCCUCCCUCCCUCUAGCGCGAGCUGCUGCUGGUCUUGUUCGCGCUCCGAUUGCUUUUGCCCCUCCCCUGUCGGAGGCUCCGCUGGGCUGACCCGGGGGCUCCGGGGUCCCUCUCGGCACGCUGCUCUGACCCCUCCUCCCCCCCCCCCCACCCGCGAUCCUGGGCGCAGCGGCAUGGGGCACCGCCGGCGGAGCGCGCCCUUCCUGCUCCUGCUGCUCGCCUUCUUAGGACUGUCUGCUUCCAUCCUUGGGCGUAUUGUGAAGGUGCCUGUUGGUCCAUUAGUUCGAGUCGAGGGCACAGAAGUGAGGAUUCCCUGCAAUGUCACUCAGUAUGAUGGACCCAGUGAGCAGAACUUUGAUUGGGAAUUCUCUACAAACCCUGCUCAGGACUCAAAAUUUGUACAUGUAAUAAGUACUUGGGAUCCUUUCUUCAUGUCUCGGGAAUAUCAAGCUCGAGUUAAUAAUGGAGACAUCACAUUGAGACGCAACAGCAACAACGCUGUGGAACUUGUGAUUGGAAACAUUCGUCCUACAGACCAAGGGAUAUAUCGUUGCACUACUCCCAGCACUGAUUCUGUCUUUCAUGGAAAUUACAAUGCUGUAGUCGAAGUCAAAGUGAUUGCGGAUGGCUUAACUGUGACUGGGUCAAAAGCACAGUUCACAUCUACUUGGAACUUAUCAGAAGGGGAUUCAUUCCAGUUGCGCUGCUCAGCUUCCACCAAUUCCUCGGAACAUACCCAUCUUCACGUUUCCUGGGAAUUCAAGAAUGGCCUUGCAUGGCAAGAAAUCCUUUCUUUGACACAUGAGGGCAAGUUCCAGCCUGGCCCAGAAUAUAAUGAGCGCUAUAUCAAUGGAGACGUGCGUUUAGAUGCCAUGGCCAGUGACAUUUACCGCUUGUCUGUGUCUCAGGCUCUUCCAUCAGAUGAGGGCGCCUACAGGUGUCGAGUGAGUGAGUGGGUGAAAGAUGCAGAUGGUUCAUGGCAAAAGAUCCAAGAAAAAAGUGUGGAUGUAGAUACCGUUGUGGUUCAGCCAACAGCUUUAGGCGUGUUCAUCACCCCAACUAAUGUAUCUGUGACAGAGAGAGACUCCCUCUACCUUACCUGCAACUUCACAACAGAUAGAAGUGGUAUUUUCCAAGCAGAGGUCACAUGGCACUAUAGUGAGUCACCUGAUGGCCCUAUGGAAGAUGCUCAGAUUUUGCUGAGUGCAGACCGUGACUCUGUAAUUAGUGACUCUACUCUCAUCAGUCUCAGCCAUGUAGACCGAAGUUCUUAUCACCUGUUGAUCCGCGACAUGAGCAUUGAAGAUUCUGGCUACUACUUCUGCCAAGCAGCUCUGUGGGUACCACAGUACAAUGGAAGCUGGCACAAGGUAGCAGAGAGAACCUCUGUGCCAGUCCCGGUGGAAGUGAUAACAUUAGAGCCAAAUUACCACGUAUUUCUGAAUGCUUCUAAAAUGCCAAAGUUUUCAGAGGAUCCCACAGAACUGGAGUGUAGGAUCACAGAAGCACAAAGUGCAGAAGCAAAUGUACGUUACACUGUAUCUUGGUACUAUAGACUGCCUUCACGUAGUGAAGAGGUGGUUAAAGAUGAACUUCUUGCCACAAUGGAUGCGGACUGGAUGCUAGUAGUUGGGGAGAGAAGCAAACAAAGAGCGCAGAAUGGGGAAAUAAUUUUCUCUAAGCCAGCCGUGGACACCUUCCGCUUACGAAUCCAGUGGACCUCAGAGGCAGAUAGAGGAGAGUAUUUCUGUAUAAUUUCUUCAUGGAGCAAACAGCGCAACAACAGCUGGAUAAAGAUCAAGGAUGUGGCUUCUAUGCCUGUAAGCAUUUUAUGGUCUACGCAAGAUUAUGCACUGACUGUAGAAGCUGUGAAGCUGAAGCCGUUCUUCAUGGCCGGGCACACCUUUGAAAUGACUUGCAAGGUGUCUUCCCGGAACAUCAAAACUCCUCGUUACUCAGUCCUCAUUACAGCGGAGAAGACUCUGAAUGACCAUUCAAAUGCUAAUGGAACCCUGCGCAUCAUUUCCCUCAAUCAAGAUUCAGUGGUCAGACGGGAAGAUUGGACAGACCAGGACCGGGUGGAUGGUGUAGUCUUAGAGAAGGUCCAGGAGAAUGAAUUCCGCUACAGAAUGUACCAGACGCAGAUUUCUGAUGCUGGGUUAUAUCGUUGUGUGGUUACUGCAUGGUCACCAGGGGGUGGAGGCAUGUGGCGAGAGGCAGUCAAUGGCUUAUCCAACCCCAUCCAGAUAGACUUCCAGACCUCAGGUCCUGUUUUUAAUGCCUCCGUCCAUUCAGAUAAUCCAACAGUUUAUCGGGAUGAGCUGGUGAAUUUACUUUGCAUCAUAACCAUUGAAGGAACAGCACUCAAUCCAGAUGAUAUGUCCUUUGAUGUCUCGUGGUUUGCUGUGCGCUCUUAUGCAAUGGAUGGACCCCCUGUUUUCCUUGCUUCCUUGGAUCGGAAAGGAAUUGCAACCCAGGCCAGAAGAAACGGGAGUAGUGAUGUCAGUUUGGCAAGAAUUGCCCCCCUAGAGUUUCAGUUCAGGAUUCAUGGCUGUGAGGAUCAAGACUUUGGAAACCAUUACUGUGUGGUAAUUCCAUGGUUGCGGUCAGCUGCAGGUGUUUGGCAACAGGAGAUGGAGGUCAGAUCCAAGCCCAUCUUUGUGACAGUGAAAAUGGAUGUUCUGAAUGCUUUCAAAUUUCCACUGCUGAUUGGCAUCGGCCUGGCCACACUCAUUGGACUCUUAUCCUGCCUGAUUGGCUACUGCAGUUCCCGCUGGUGUUGCAAGAAGGACGUUCAAGAAACCAGGAGAGAGAGACGCCGGCUGAUGUCUAUGGAGAUGGACUAAGCAUAAUGACGAGAGGUGGAUGCAUUCAUUUAGGGAAGGAUUUUUGGCAGGCCUGAGCCUGCUCUGCAGCUUGAGUGUGUUGCAUCAAAAUGCCCCAGUAACAAAAUUGUCUGGUCUCGUCCUGGACUUAGGAGCUGCUCCUUUUCUACCCGUUUCACGUUGAGAGCGCACGCCAUGUUUGUCAGCCUUCAGCUCGUCUUCCAAUAGCACUUAUGUGGGGAUCUUCCUUUCAGGUUAACUGUUCACAGUGUUCUUCUACCAGACUUUUAGGCAAGAUUCACUACCAGGAUUUGCUUUUGAGAUCUCUUUUUACUGUUGGUGCAACGGUGGUUUUGGAAGAUGGAAUGGGAAGGGCUUCUGUGUAUCUCCUAGCUGUAAUCUCUAGAGAAAGCAAUCAAUGCUUCAGUGCCCUGGGCAUAAUUUAUGGGUUAAAAUCCCCUUUUACUGGUGGGAGUUCAUUCCAAGUUAGCCCUGGGAUGAUUGCUUGGUUUUUUAAAUGGUGCUUGUUUAGCAGCCUUGAAGGCUAUUUCUUCCAAUAUCCAACAGCACUACAAUCCUCUUUUUGCAGUGUCCCAUUUCACUGUACCUUAUAUAGUGCCCAGCAUUGUUAUUCCAGUUAGAGGUGUUUGAGUCUCUUUGCCCUAAUUAUUCCAACCAUCUGCUGUCAGAUUUUCCACUUCUGCUUACUGUGCUAAUGAAUUUUGUGUAACGGCCACUUUAUAUCUAGGAUGGAGUAUGCUAAAGAUUCUUACAUGCAUCAUAGGACCAUGUAACUAAAGGACCUAGAAAAUCUAGAACUGAGCAUGAAUCCUCCUGUUCUAAACAGUUUGAUUGGGGAGGAGGUGAGUCACAUGAGCAAGGUGUAUCAUCACAGGGACCCCGUAGGUCAACGAACAGGUGACUAGAUACACAGCAAGCUAUCAAAUGAUUUGCACACACCAUUGACAUUGAAAUCACCAAAUGGAGUUUAAUGCUGGAGCAAUGGGUCAGCAAUCCACAGUUGUUACUCAGGGUAAGGAAGGGAAUGGAUUCGUAUAGGAAAGAAUGCCCUCUUCCUAGAUGUUUCUUCAUGUAUGCCACAGUACAACAUUGCAGUAUGUUCAUUGCCUACUGCCUAGGACUGGCAGUUACUUACCAUGGGGCUCCUUGCUGUUCCAGUAGAGAGACCAAGAUCUUGUUUUCCUCAUACUUUACAGUCCAUAAUCUCCAAGCAGCCCCUGUGAUUUAACUGUGAUUUAAGGCAGCGCCUUCCAGCACAACCAGUAUUUAUAAGCAAUAAGUCAACAUGUAGACAUUUUACACACAAUAUUUGGCAUAAGAUCAUGUGAUUCGAGUCAGUGACUGAAAAUUUGAGAAGAAAGCAGGUAACCAUUUUUUCCUUACUUUGUGAAAUUGAAGAGUAAAUUUCAGAUGAUUUUUGUUAUCCAGUGGGCUUAAAACCUAUAUUUCUUUGGGGAUAUGCAACUGAGGGUCCUGAAAUAGCACUGACCUUGACAGCAGGUCAAAACUCUCUGGAAACCUGAAAAACUUGUAAAUUGCACAGAGUCAGUAUGGUUGGAGUUAUACAGAAGGAACAGUAUUGGUUGGCUGACAGCAGUAGACCAAUUUGGUAGGCUUCCCCAUUACAAGCUGUCUUGAUUUGCCCCAAUCUGCUUAUACUGUUCAUUUGAUAUCUCACCCAUCUGGGUAAAUCACAUGUCUUAACAUUUUAUAUGAUGAACUAAUAUGUUAGGGCAGUGGUUCCCAACCAUUUUUCAGUUGUGUACUCUAUGGCAACCCAUUUUCCUAAAAUUGUACCCUCAUAUUAGCAAACCCAUUACGUAAUUUUUUUCACAUAACCCCCAAAUGCUCUGGCAUGUCCUCCUGGAGGUCCACAUACCCCAGGUUGGGAACCAUUGCUUUAGGGGCUUUUACUACAUUGUCAGACCAAAUUUUUUAGGAAGUAGAGAAAAAACAAUGAUCUGAAGCACAAACUGCCCUAUAUUGCAUGUUUUCAUGCCCUGUGACUUUCUGUUCUUAAAUGUUUUAAGAAGAAACAGAAACACAGUUUAAAUGCAAUAAUUGAGUUCUGAAGUCCUACUUCACUCAAAAGUGAUUGUCUUGUGGAAUUCACUGCCACAUGAUGUAUUUGAAUAGCUGGCCACUAGCUUUAGUCGGCUUUAAAAGCGAAUCAUGAAGGAAUCAAUGACUUGGAGCCACAAUGACUUAAUGGAACUCUGCAUCUUCUAAUCCAAGGCAAUAACCAUCUAAAUAUCAGUUCUGAGGACCACAGGAAGGGAAGGCUUUGGCCCUCGUGCUCUCGUCACUGAGCCUUUCAGAGGCAUCUGGUUGGCCACUGUGUGAAAAGGGUUGCUGGACUAGGUAAACCAUUGGUUUGAUCCAGCAUGGCUGCUGUGGUGUUGAAAAAGGCUUAAGUUCCCUCACGUAGCUGUUGCGCACUGACAUUGUCUCUCUAUGGAAGGAAACUCAGGGUUAUUUUGGUUCAGGGAUUCCUUGCCUUUCAUAGCAGGGCUCCUGUUUGUCAUGUUGUAGCCUGCCCCUCCUUGACCAUCGGAAAAGUCACUUUGCUUGUAGAGAGAAUUACUUGGCGAAUACAUUACAUAGAUGUUCCCUCUGAUUUGAGGCGAUUCUGCCGGCCUUGUACUAAACUGUACCUUAAGUAGUAACACUCCAGCAGUCUCCAAUUGUGCCAAUUUUAUACUGUCCUCCUUUUUAACAGUAGAACUUCUGUCUUCAGACAAUUUUUCUCUGUUUGGUCUUAACUUACUCUGGUGUGUCUUCAGAGAGAAAGUUACAUGGGAUUCAGUUAUGUGGUCAGCAAUAUUUUCAGAUUUGCAAUCAUGGAAUCAAGAGUCAAGAGUUCUAAGGGCUUCCAACGAUUCUAGUAUGUCUCUUUUCGUGGUUCCAGCUCACAGUUGGCAAUUCAUGGCACUUGGGACAUGAGUCGGGUAUGUUUUUAAAGAGAACUUGCUUGAAGGAUGGGAAGCAUUUUUGUUUUUCAGAGAGGGAUUUUAGGUACUAUUCUGGAAGUGUUUAAAGAAAUACGUUCAGCACGGCUCUGGAAUGUAGAAAUUGGGACAAUUACAAUGAAGUGUAAUGUGUUUUUUACAUUGAAAAUAAAUUGUCUUUUUGUAAA